AUGUUUUUCAGAAACACAGGAGGCAUCGUGAUUUCCUCCUCAUCCGCCGGAAUUCCCUCAUCGGAGGACCGACCAGGUCUAUCGCAGUCGUUUCAAAGCCCUCAUGUUCAUGUAAUGCAGAUACAGAAUGCUUCGGGAGAAAUUCCUGAGCCACUUGCUCCAGAAAAGGUUGUCACAUUUCCCACCAAGGACAAUGAAUUGAGCUCCUUUUGGGCAGGCAUUGAUCAGGUUCCUAGUCUUCAAGAUGGCCUGGAUUGGUUCUUUGAGCCUCUGGAGGGUAUCAGUGACUUGGUCAACUCUCCCCUGCCGCCACAAUUUGAACCCGAUGUAUCUAUUCAGAUUCAGCUUCCUACGCUACAUGAUUCAGACAGUCGACUUAGGGGAAAUCCUGCGGAUGGAGACGAAGUCGGGCUUUUCCUGGAUAUGAAUCCCGGCAUGCACCAAGAUAACGACUGGGCUUUUGCGCGAUCCAACAUGCUUGACUCGCUCAGUCAACUCGAUAUCCAAGUCUUGCAGUCGCCGUUCUUUGAGGUUGACAACUUGAGAAUGUUUUUAAGCCUCUAUUUCAAGCACUACCACCCCCAUUUUCCGAUCAUUCACCAGGCAACGUUUUCAGUGUUGGCCUGUCACCCGCUCCUUCUGAUUGCAAUUCUAGAUCUAGGCUCGGCUAUGGCAAGAGACGAGAUGCUUUUCCAUCUCGGACAGCAGGUGCAUAAUUCUUUACGAUUGACAGUUCUCAACAGCGGGAUAUUUGAGCCCCCGAUCCCUCUCUGGUGCCUUCAAGCGCUUCUCCUAGUUCAGGCUUAUGGGAAGAUGAUCUCAUCACGGAAGAAUUAUGAAAUGGCACAUAUAUUCCAUGGGACAAUUCUCACGAUGAUGAAAAGAGGCAGUGUUUACCUGGCAGCUUCCACUUCGCACCCACCCGAGCCUAAUGAGCCUCUACAAGCAAGCUGGCGCCGCUGGAUAGGCGAGGAAUCUUGGCGUCGAACCGCGUUCUUCGCAUUUGUGAUGGACGCCCAGCACGCCUGCGUAUUCGGACAUUCUCCGGUGCUCUCGGUGAUCGAUAUGCGCAUAUCUCUUCCCUGCCUUGAAUCGAUAUGGGAGUGUACCUCUGUGGAGACAUGGCAAGGACUGACUCGACCUGAAAUGACUGCGUCGCUCUUCUUGCCGACUCUUAAGUCCCUGCUCCGCGAGAAUGUGGUUCCACCGCACUGCAGCGAAUAUGCGCGCUUUGUACUCUUACAUGGGCUGAUGAGCCUCCAAACCCACCUUCAGGCUGGCUCGAGAUUAACACUUGGGAUUGAAGUGGGGAGACUCCAUGCAUAUUCAAGGACCUAUGAUCCUCUUCACCAGCCCAACUGCCCGGGCAGCAGCAGUAACAGCGCACCCAUUUGGGCAAACACCAUCGACGCCGCCCUAGACACUUGGUCUACCUCUCUCUUCUCACUCCAACCAUCACUGUGCCUCGAAGCAGCCCGCCCCUUACACCGUGUGGCACAAAUUACUUUACACGUCAGUGUCCUCGAUCUUCACGCUCUCGCCAUGGAUCCCCAGUUUCCAUCCCGCCUUACCCAGUCAAAUACCGAUUCCGGGAUCUACUCUGCCAACGCAAAUACAACCAAGACGCUGACACGCCUGCAGCGCUGGGUUUACACCGAAGCCGCUCGUAACGCUUGCCGGUACGCGCUGUUAUUGGUGCAGGAAACUAUGUUCAGUGGGAAGCGCUACUUAGCUCGCGAAGAUAAUGUCGCACCGCGACCCUGGUGCUUGUAUGUUGCUGUGUUGACACUUUGGGUCUACGGCCAGGUUACAGAAGGCCCUGCUUUGGACGGAGAAUCUGCUGCCGGGGCUGAGGAAUACAUGAUUCGGAUGACAAGAGCAAUACAACACGCCGAUCCCACGAAACCCAUCAUCAGCGGUGCGAACCAGAUCUCUGGCCUAAUCCGGGCUGUGAGGGAUGCCUUGAUGGGAUGUCGAUGGGAAUUAUUGCAAGAGGCACAUUUCGUACUCCGGCGCCUCGGGGGCGAGACUGUGCUUGACGCCGGGGGUGAUAGAAAGACUUUAAUCUGA